AGCUUCGAGGCUUCUUGGUGAAGAGAUCGCGGGUUCGGUGGCCGACGCGAAUCUGCGGGAUGAGGAGAGGGGAUUUGGUCGAGGUCGGCGGAGUCAUUGGGAGAGGGUUCGAGAUGGAGAGGGUGCGAGGGCUCGAGACGGUCUUGAUCUUCGCCACUGGGUCUGCCAUCAGUCCGAUCCGCUCACUAAUUGAAUCUGGUUUUAAUGCAAGUAAAAGAUCAGAUGUGAGACUUUAUUAUGGGGCUCGAAAUCUCCAGAGAAUGGCUUAUCAGGAUAGGUUCAAGGCUUGGGAAGCUACAGGGGUUAAAGUUGUACCUGUUUUAUCACGACCAGAUGCUCUAUGGAGAGGCGAAAGAGGCUACGUACAGGCUGCAUUUUCUAAGGCCAAGCAUAUUAUAGAUCCUUUAUCGACAGGAGCAGUGCUCUGCGGACACAGACAAAUGACUGAGGAUGUUACAUCUUGGCUGGUCGCUGAUGGUGUACCAGUAGACAAAAUUUUGAAGAAUUACUGAUUUUGAAUUGUAUGUAUUUAUUUGUUGUAACAUUUUUAAAAGGUCAUUAACUUUAUUCUUUUGUUGCCCAAGUGCCACAAGCUCUUCUGAUUGAGAUUCAGAGUAGAAAUAAAAUCUAAUGAAUAAUCAAGUGUUGUUACUAUGUUUAACACUCAGGCUCAGCUAAACCUGUAUAUUCGGAUUU